AUGUAUGAUGAUACAGAUUUAGACUUUAACUUCUCAAGUGGUUGGCUAGAGUGGUUCAAGGCGCGACAUGGAAUUAAGUCUUAUAGAAAGUUCACUGAAAGUGGUUCAGUUAUUAUGGAGAAUAUUGAAAAUGCUUUACCUGAAAUUCAAGCUAAAUUGGACAAAUGCUUUAAAAAUGUGAAUAUUGGCAAUCUUAAUUGUUAUUAUCGAGCCAACAAGAAAGCAUGGGUGACUGGAUUACAUUUUCAAGAAUUUGUUCGUUGGUUUGACAAUAGAAUGGCCGAUAGAAAUGUGCUGCUUAUCGUAGGCAAUUGUCCAGCUCAUCCCAAUGUUAUUGAAGGCUUGAAAAAUGUUGAAUUAUUCUUUUUGCCUCCAAAUACAACAUCAAAAAUUCAAUCAUGUGAUGUUGGAAGUAUUCGAACACUUAAGACAACAUCUAUUGCAAAUUGUUUCAAAUAUUGCAAAAUUCGAUCCGAGGAAGGUAUGUAUCUAGAACAAGAAAUUGGUGACGUUGAAGGGAUUCAUGGACUUGAAGAAGUUAUUUCUAAUUUGCACUACAGAAAUGCCAUGAAUAUUGACCAGAUUUUGAAUUAUCCUAGUGAAAAUAAAGCUUUAAUGGAAUCACCAACAGAUGAAGAAAUUAUUGAAGGAGUAAUGUGUGUGCCAGCUAAUGACGAUCAAGAUCCAGAUGAUAGUAAUGUUUUACCACAUGUUUCUCCAAAAGAGGCUUUUCUUGCGAUUGAGACAUUGAAAAAUUAG